GAGCACGCGACUGCUCGACUACUUCGCGCGGAGAGAGCAGCAGGCAGGCAGGCGAAGGUCUGAGCUGAGAUGGCGCAAGCCAUGGCGUCCAUGACCGGCCUGCGCGGCGCGUCGCAGGGCGUGCCAUCGAGCAGGCGCGACGCCAGCAGGGCCAGGACGACCGUCAGGGCGUCGGCCGAGGGCGAGACCGCUGCCCAGGCGGGCCGCCGCGCCGUGCUCGGGCUGGUGGCGACCGGGAUCGUCGGCGGGGCGUUCUCGCAGGCGGCGCAAGCCGAGGCCGUCAAGACCAUCAAGAUCGGGGCCCCGCCGCCGCCCUCCGGUGGACUUCCUGGGACUGAAAACUCUGACCAGGCGAGGGACUUUGGACUCCCCUUGAAGGAGCGGUUCUACCUGCAGCCGCUGCCGCCGACGGAGGCGGCGGCGAGGGCCAAGUCGUCGGCGCAGGACAUCAUCAACCUCAAGCCGCUCAUCGACAAGAAGGCGUGGCCGUACGUCCAGAAUGACCUCCGCCUCAGGGCCUCCUACCUGCGCUACGACCUCAACACCGUCAUUGCCUCCAAGCCCAAGGAGGAGAAGAAGAGCCUCAAGGAGCUCACCGGCAAGCUCUUCAACACCAUCGACGAUCUUGACCAUGCGGCGAAGAUCAAGAGCCCCACAGAGGCUGAGAAGUACUUCGCGGAGACCAAAUCUGUUCUCGGCGAUGUCCUCACGAAACUAGGCUAGAUGGAACAUAAUGGGAUUAAUGGCCAUGUAAUUUCAAACUUUAUGUUUGUUCAUAUGGAACCGGCAAUGUAUCUUCCCUGUUGAUAUUAUAUCAACAAGCACUUAACUAUGAUUA